CCAAGUUGUCUCUGACACAACCCACUCCCGCUUAGAUUGCCAUUUUCAAACUCUCCCUCUCUCUUUCUCUCUCUGUGAUAGUCCUUUCAGUAUCAGUCAUGGGUUCCAAAGCAGGUGGGAAUUCCAUUGAUCUCUGGUCAGAAAUUGUAGACAACGAAAACCCAGAAAAGCAAAAUCAACCAAAGAUUGAUGCAGUUUACAGAAGGAUAAGACCACAAAAAGCUUCUCAAGAUGCAAACUUGAAGCAACCCGGUUCGAGCCGGAAGAAUGGGAACCGGGUGAGUUUGGCGCCACCCAUCAAGCGAGUCAGCUGGAACCGGUCCCUUUCCACCAGAGGAAGGACAAGUAUAGCUGUUGGUGCUUGUGUGGAUUACCAGCCUCAAGCAAAGCAUGCAAAAAGAAAAGGAAAACCUGCUUUGCCCAAAGGAAAAUUUGUACAACCUCCAAAUUUCGAGAAGGAAAAGACAUACUUUGAAGAGGUUGAUGCCUUUGAGUUAUUAGAGGAGAGUCCCUCGCCCAAGAACUUUGGUACAUGGGCCAUGGACGGUCAAAGUAACAAUAUUAUCAUACCACAUUUGUCCUCAAGAUUAGAGAAAUGGUUGUUAUCCAAGAAACUAAAUCACAGUAUUGGACCUUCCAGUACACUGUCUAAGAUACUAGAAACUCCAGCCAUGCCCUUGGAACCAAUAUGUGGUGAUGAUUCGGGUUCUUUGAAUUUGAGAACUCCUGAAAAAUCUUCUAUGAAGACUAAUUCACAGUUGCCUUCGGUCCAAAGCAGAUCUAAUUCAAUUUCAGUCGAUAAAAUUGUGAUUGAGGGGGAUAUCAAUUCACAAAAGUGCAACACAGCGUCUGUGAGUGAGGGUCAUGAAGGUUGUGAAGAUAUAGAAGUUGCCAUUAAGAAACUCUCUCUGGCAUCAACAUCGGCUUCACUGGAUCGUGAUCAGUCAGAUCCAUUUGCUGCAUUAUUAGCAGUUUGUGGACAGUCAUCUCCGUCAAAGCUAAAAGAUGUAUUCUCCAACUAUUGUGAACCAGAAAAUAUCAUUAAAAUUGGUGAAGGUACUUUUGGGGAGGCUUUUAAAGCUGGUCGCUAUGUAUGCAAAAUAGUACCUAUAGAUGGAGACUUAAGAGUGAAUGGCGAAGUACAAAAGAGGUCAGAAGAAUUGAUUGAGGAGGUCAUUCUUUCUCGAACUCUUAAUUGUUUAAGAGGAGAUGGCAGCGAUGGAUGUAACUCAUGCACUACAUUCAUCCAAACAAUAGACUUAAAGGUAUGCCAAGGUUCCUAUGAUGGCACAUUGAUCAAAGCUUGGGAAGAUUGGGAUGAGAAGAAUGGUUCAGAAAAUGAUCAUCCGAAGGAGUUUCCAGAAAAACAGUGCUAUGUCAUUUUUGUUUUAGAACAUGGUGGCAAAGAUCUUGAAAGCUUUGUACUUUUGAACUUUGAAGAGGCACAGAGUUUAUUGGUUCAGGUAACAGCUGCCUUGGCUGUGGCUGAAGCUGCAUAUGAAUUUGAACACCGAGAUCUGCACUGGGGGAAUAUACUUUUAAGCCGGAAUGGUUCUGAAACAUUGCAAUUCACCCUUGAGGGGAGGCAUAUGGUUGUCAAAACCUUUGGAUUGUUGAUAUCAAUAAUUGACUUUACUCUUUCAAGAAUCAAUACUGGUGAAGAUAUACUUUUUCUAGACUUAUCCUCAGACCCUUAUCUCUUUAAAGGUCCAAAAGGAGAUAGACAAUCAGAAACAUAUCGAAAGAUGAAGGAGGUAACAGAUGAUUGCUGGGAGGGAAGUUUCCCUAGAACAAAUGUGCUGUGGUUGCUGUAUUUGGUUGAUAUAUUACUCCUGAAGAAAUCAUUUGAACGCAAUUCAAGACAUGAGAGAGAUUUGCGAUCAUUGAAGAAGCGGCUAGACAAGUGUCAUUCAGCCAAAGAAGCCAUUUUUGAUCCUUUUUUUAGUGAAUUGUUGAACAUAGAAUGUGACUGAUAAGUGGGAAAGCAAGCAAUAGAGGUGGUGAUACACUAGAAAAGAUGUUCUUUGUCUUGUACAUAUAUAUUUAACAGGAGCAGGAGCAGAUCUUUCCUAAAAUUGAACAUCUUAAUGCUUGGUGAAAAAUAUGCUAAUUGUGUUAUUAUAAAAAUAACUCAACAGUGAUGCUAUGUAUCUUGGAUGAUUGUGCGUGUAAAUUGUAUUGGACACAGUAGCUUCCACAUAUUGCUUGACGACUGAAUUUGCCUUUUUUAUUGGUCCAAGUCCAAGGAGUUUGGCAAGACCUGAUUUUUUGUAUCUGUAUUAAUAUAAGGAUGACUUGAUGCUCUCUUAUUUGCACCCUGGGAA